GUAACAAUGCCUCUUGUUUGUUCUUGACGACAGAGGUGUGCAAAUUAUGCAAAGAACUGCAUAAAUUACGUCGGUGAUGUCCUGAAAGAGCGCGUCCGUCAUAUGGUAGCCAUGUCUAUCUUUUGUUAUGGAAGUUGUGUAGGUUUGCGUCGAAUACUCGAUAUACGGUGAGAAAACAAGGAAGGUGAGACUGAAUCGAAGAAGUGUUUAGUUUGAUUGUUUAAAAUGACGCAAACUGGGGAUUCACUACGUAAAGAACAACUGAAGGAAUUUCAACGAAAUGCGCAUCGCUUACUAUCGGACGAUGAUCGUACUUAUUUACAUUAUACGCUCAAAGAAUACCAGACUUAUAAGUCAGUGGAAAAGUUGAUGCUUGCAUUAAAAUCGUGCUUGGAUAAUCCUCGAAAGCUGGACCUUCUUGCUGACAUUCGUAACCUCAUUCCGUCAGCGCAUUUGAGCAAGUUCGAUAGUUUGGCUCCGUACAGCGAAAUGGCGCAUCCUUUCAAACCACCAAGUCAAGUAUCCACGAAUCGGAAGACUCAAAGUUUACCUCACAGUUACAAGAACAGUGAGCUGCGAACUCUUGCAAGGAGCUCUUCACCGAUUAAUGCUGGUUCUUUUAGAGUUAUAACCUUAACAAGAACUUCACCAGACGAAUCUUUGGGCUUCAAAAUAAGAGGGGGUCGUGAGAGUGAUAGUGCGGUUUGCAUUUCUGAAGUGGAUGAGAACUCAUCUGCCGCCAAACAGGGGCUCAUGGUUGGAGAUCAGUUAAUUGAAGUUAAUGGAAUAGAUUUCGAAAAAAUAACCCAAAGCUCAGCGGAGAACUUACUGGGAACGAUGAAUAAACUGAAAUUGGUUGUCAAGUCGGUGAGCGCUGUACAAGAAAUGGAUGUCUCUGACUCUUGGGGUCACAGGAAUGGAAAAGUUGUUCAGAAUGGAACUGCUGAAAUUGACAGUCUGCAGGCAAGCAGUGGCAGUGGAGGCAGUGCUAGUAUUGCUCUGCAACAUAAUUCACAUUUGCUGAACAGCGCUGAUGAGAGGAAAGUGAACCUUCAAGUGCAGUCAACAGCCAAUGGUUUUAUUGGAUUUAACCUUCGAGGUGGAAGUGAAUAUGGCUUAGGUCUAUAUGUAUCUGGUGUUGAUGCUGGCUCACUAGCAGAACAAGCAGGGUUUAAAGUUGGUGAUCAAAUCAUGGAAGUUAAUGGAAAGAACUUUGAAAACCUUAAACACAAAGAAGCUGUUGACUUCAUCAAGUCUCAAAAGCACAUCAUGGUUACACUCAAGGCUGUAGGAAGACUUCCUGAGGCAAAACAUUACCAAUCACAAAUUAGUUGGGUGUAUCCUGAUGGAACUGUAGUGAUAGAGGGUAAAGAAAAUUUCAGUAGAUCUAUCUCAGCCCCAGCCUCUCCGCUGUCUUCUCUAGAGCUUAGCCACUCUAGUACUCAGUUUUCUGACUUUGGACAUGAGAAUCCCACGAGAGAUAUGCCAAGUCCCAGACCACCAUCACGUGAAGCUGCGGUACAGACCCCUCAGCCCUCUCCUUAUCCCGUGCCAGAAGUGAAAGAGGAAGUGGUAGUAGUACAAGUGAAACAGGACUUUGCAGAUUUGGAGAGAACACAGAGCUCCAAGAGUCUGGCAACAUCAUCAACCAGCAGUGGUGGUGACAAUGAAAAGAUGAAUACGCUUCAUUCAGCGCAUUCUUUUGAGAGUGUUAACAGCAGCAGAGAGGAAGUGGCAAAGAGAUAUUCAGUGUCCAGCAUGAGCAAAGAGGAGGCCAUUUUAAGUGGUAGUGAUGGUGAACUAAAUGAUAAGAGGAAAGUGAAAAAAUCCAAGUCUUUUCUACAGAAACAUGGUGACAAAAUCAAGUCUAAGUUGAGCUUUAGGAAAAAAGGAAAACCCAAAGUUGAAGAAAGAGGUGGCUCCACAAGACAGCAGAUGUUAUUGUACAUUGAGGAAAAGGCAAAAAGGAUUCUGGUAGUAGAUGAAUACAAUGCUGUAAUCAGGCAUAUCAAACAGUAUCAAGAAGAUUCAGAUGUUGAAGCUCUUGUAAACAAGCUUCUGGCUAUACUGGACAAACCUGAAAAGGCUCUUCUGUUGAGAGAUGUUAGGACGCUAGUUUUACCGUAUGACCUUGGAAGGUUUGAUGCGAUGGUGUCAGCCCACGAGAAAGAGGCAUUAGAAUACCUCAGUGGAUUUGUCCCUGGUUCACCGACAAUAAUACCUACUGUAGCUGAGAAACCUAAACGCCAGCUUGUGGCCGCCAUCCAAGACAGCAGAGGGAGUUUUCAAUUACGAACGAAAGAGGAAGUGGAGAAGAUAAAGCAAGAAAGGGAAGAAAUGGAUAAAAAGCGUAAUCAAACGGCUUGGUUAGGGGGCAGCAUUCUGGAUCGAAACUCGCCGAGAAACCUAAACAAUCCUAACGCCAUGAUAACGCUACCGGCCAACUACACGUUAGAUACAGCGCCUGCAAGAGAUACGAGUACAACAAAUAGCGCUCCAGCAUCGUUUGAUGUCCCAGUUAUACAGGUUAACAGUGGCGAGGCAUCUGGAACUCCGAAACGCGAUGAAAACGAUAAUGAAAGACUCGUGACAAACUCGCUCCUGGUGCCUGAUAGAGUAUCAAUGGAAUACAAAGACGAUGAUGAAGAAACUGAAGCUCGGGCGGCGUCCACUUCGUCUUCAUCCGCGGGAAUAUCGAUGGCAGUUCCAGUGAUAGCUGUCUCUAGCGAGGCGACAUCAGUUACAAUACUUCUUUCCAAAAAGAGGACCAGUUUAGGUAUAAGCAUUUCAGGAGGUAAAGGUUCCAAAUCCCAACCUGAGGUCAGAGUAGAAAAAAUAUUCCCAGGUGGCGCUGCUGCCGAUGAUGGGAGACUUAAGAGCGGUGAUCAGAUCCUGUCUGUGGACGGAGAAAGUCUGCAGGACGUGACGCAUGCUGAAGCAGUGGACAUCAUUAGAAAAUCCUACAAUAACAAGUCCAAAGAUGUGAUGGAAAUCGUGGUGAUACCCAAGCAAUAACAGAGUUUUGUGUACUAUUUAUGAAUUAUAUAUAUCGUUAUGUUAAUAGAAAGGUUUAUAAAUAACUGGCAUACCACCUAAACCACAGUAAUCACUACUGACUAAACACAGCGAACGGAAAUAACGCAAUGAACCAAUCAGAACGCGGAAUGAGAACACGUGAGCGGUGCCAAUGAUUGAUGCGGAUUUUGUUCAUGAUUGGUUUAAAUGACUAGAGUAUGGCUGCUCUGGUUGGUUCAGGAGAACACGUGGCAAUAGCUUGUUGAACCUGUUAUAGAGCUUAGCAAAUGCGAACUUUACUUUCAGCAAGCAGUUGAAAACUUUCUGACGAACGUAGUUUGCAAUGACAUUCCUCGUCAAUUAAUAUAUUACUAGCAGCUUUUUAGCCCUGGAAACGUGUUUCUGGUAACGAGUGUUCGCUUCCUAUGGGGAUGAAAAGUGGCGUAGACCAAAUUUUUAAAAUAUUAUUUUCUACCUUCAUAUGCCAUGUUACAACUUAAUCCAACCAGUGUAAAUUGUUAUGCCGUGAACUUCCGUAAUCUUUAGAUUGUAGUUAAGAACUCGUCGAAGGUGUCAUCUACAUUUAUCAGCAAAUACUGGUGGUUACGACAAAUCAUGAGGCUAUGUAUCGUGUGGAUCCAGCUUACAAAAGUGCGAGCGAGUGAAAUUGUAAAUAUACCCUUAUUCAAACGAUUUUACUAUAUGUACCCUCCCCAACCUCGUCAUCACUCUUCAUGGAAAAAUACAUGUGUACCCGUUACACCAUCAUGUUCAAUUUACACCACUGGCGUGGGUUUGACAGUAUACAACCAGGCGCAGGCCGUCCUUUGUAUAAAAUUAAAUAAACUUUGAAUUUAGAAACUAUCGUACAUGAACCACUUGAAAUUCCCUUGGACAGCCAUAAUCAAAAUGGACGGCAAAAGAAAACAGUCGAGACGUUUGAGAUUAGCAAAGUUAGCACAGAAGUGAAUUCGAUUCACAGUUACAUGUAAGCUUACACUGGAUGAGGAAAUAGUUGUUAGGGACCAUAUCAUUUUCAUAGUUUACAAGUAGCGUUUGAAAAGGAAAUAAGGAUUAGUAACAAUUGCGAGGACACGCAAGAGCUCUUUCCUCUAGACUUGCUGCUUUCGAAUGUAGAGAAAUAAAAUUGUUUUUUGACGAUU